CAAUCCAGGCAGUAGUGGGGGCGGGAUUUUCCAGCCAUGACGUUCCAAGUUUUCCAACAACCCUGUCACUUCCACAUCAUGGCGUAGCUAUGUGGACGGACUGGGGUACUACUGGUGGGCACGGAGAAGUUCAGAAACCAAGCGAUGUGGAGUUUUUGUAAACAAUAGAAUAAACAAACUAACGGAAAUCCCAAAAUCUUCUCGAGCAAAGAGUCGGUUCAUCAGUGACUGAAGAUGAUGGCUGAUGCCAGCGACAUGUUGGCAGCUGCCCUGGAGCAGAUGGAUGGCAUUAUAGCAGGCUCCAAGGUUCUGGACUACUCCAAUGGGCUGUAUGACUGCCAGUCACCCACCUCUCCUUUCAUGGGCAGCCUGCGGGCGCUUCACCUUUUGGAAGACCUGAGGAGCGUCCUGGAGUUGAUGGACACAGAGGAAAGGGAGAGUCUACGCUGCCAGAUCCCUGACUCCACAGCUGACAGUCUGGUCGAGUGGCUCCACGGUCACCUGUCCAACGGGCACAUCUCUCUGAGUGGGGGUGACCACUACCAGGAAAGGCUUUCCCGAAUAGAAAGUGAUAAGGAGUCUCUGGUUCUUCAGGUGAGCGUGCUGACAGACCAGGUGGAGGCUCAGGGAGAGAAGAUUCGAGACCUGGACUUGUGUUUGGACGAUCACAGGGAGAAACUCAACGCCACUGAAGAGAUGCUACAACAGGAGCUUCUGUGCAGAUCUGCACUGGAGACCCAGAAGCAUGAACUAAUAUCCGAAGUGUCCAACCUAAAGCUGAAGCUGAAUACCAUGGAGAAGGACAGACUUGACUUUGAUGACAGAUUUAGGGACAGUGAGGAUUUGAUUCUUGAAAUUAAUGAACUGCGGUACAGAUUGACAGAGCUGGAGAGUGAUAAACUACAGAAUGAAAAGAAACUGAAGUCCACAAAGUCGCUAAUGGCCAAGCUUUCUAGCCUGAAAAUCAAAAUGGGCCAGAUGCAGUAUGAGAAACAGAGGAAGGAGCACAAACUCCAGGCUAUGAAGGAGGAGCUAGCCAUACUGAGGAGAGGGCUGGAGGGCACAGACGGAGAGAUGAGGAGACUACAGGAUGAGACGGGCUUCAGAGCCAUCGCCUCGAGCAGUUCAGAUCCCACAGAGAGAGUCUCUCAUCCAGACGAAACUCUUAGAAAGAGGCUGAAAGAAAAACAUGUGGAAGUGCAGCGAAUGAAAAAGGCAGUUGAAUCAUUGAUGGCAGCCAAUGAAGAGAAGGAUCGUAAGAUUGAGGAACUAAAGCAGUCGCUGCUGCGGUAUAAGAAAGUUCAAAACAUGGUGAUGUCAGUGCAGGGGAAGAAAGAGAAAAGCAGAGAAAACGAGUACGUCGAGAGUCAUAGUGAUGGAUCCAUCGCAUUCAUGUCUGCGGAGUCAGAAAAGUAUGAAGUUACAGAUGUUGAGCAACUGAAAAGGAGGAGCCCAGAUGAGUUGGAGAGCCUCAAUGGACUGAGUGAAGAGCCAUCACCCACACCCAGCCCUUCAGAUCCAGAACCAGUAUCAGAGUCUGCUCCAACAGAUGUAGAAAGCAGCCAAGAUGCCACAAAGACUGGCAGCCAGAACCAGCUGGAUAAGAGCAAUAAUGAAAAGAAUACAAGCGAAGAGAUCAGUAAGAUCAGUGAAAAGCCGCCUAUGAGUCCCUCUGCCACCUUGCCUGCCACCACAGAGGACGACAGCUUUGGCUCGAGAAAGGCUCGUUCAUCCUUUGGAAAGGGCUUCUUCAAGAUCCGUGGGGGCAAGAAGACCGCCAGUACCCCUAACCUUGACCGCAGCCGGAGUGCAAGUGCGCCUAUGCUAGCUGAAACGGAGCGACAGGGCACUGACCAUCUGGAUCUGGCUGGGCUGCCACAGAGAUCGGCCAACAGCGACAGCACCCACACACUCCCUACGACCCCAGAGGGCAGGAAAAAAUCCAAAGGAAUAAAGAAACUCUUUGGGAAGCUUAAAAGAAGUCAGUCUACCACAUUUAACCUGGAUGACAACCCACCAGAGGGUGAGUUCAAGAGGGGCGGAGUGCGAGCCACAGCGGGACCCAGACUGGGUUGGUCUCGUGACCUCCAAAGAGCCAACAAUGAUGUUGAUGCUCCCUUUGCACGCUGGUCAAAGGAUCAGGUGUGUGACUGGCUGCAGGGGCAGGGUCUCGGUCUUUAUGUGAACAUGGCUCGUGUGUGGAUCUCCUCUGGACAGACUCUGCUACAGGCCUCCCAACAUGACCUGGAGAGGGAGCUGGGCAUCAAACACCCGCUCCACAGAAAGAAGCUGCAGCUGGCCCUGCAGGCCCUCGGCUCAGAGGAGGACAAUAGUAAGGGAAAGCUGGACUACAACUGGGUGACGAGAUGGCUGGAUGACAUCGGUCUGCCUCAGUAUAAGACCCAGUUUGAUGAGGGAAGGGUGGAUGGCCGCAUGCUGCACUACAUGACAGUGGAUGACCUGCUUUCCCUGAAAGUAGGGAGUGUCCUGCAUCACCUCAGUAUCAAGAGAGCUAUCCAAGUGCUCCGACUCAACAACUAUGAGCCCAACUGCUUGCGUCGUAGGCCAUCUGAUGAGAACAAUAUUUCUCCAGCAGAGAUUUCCCAGUGGACCAACCAUAGGGUGAUGGAGUGGCUGCGUUCUGCCGACCUCGCCGAAUACGCUCCCAACCUGAGAGGCAGCGGUGUGCACGGAGGCCUGAUGGUUCUAGAGCCGCGGUUCAACGUGGAGACCAUGGCUUUGCUGCUGAACAUCCCCCCCAACAAGACGCUGCUGCGCCGCCACCUCGCCACACAUUUCAACCUGCUCAUUGGCUCGGAGGCCCAGCAGCUCAAACAGGAGUGUCUUGAAAACCCAGACUACACUCUGCUUACUGCCACCACUAAGGUCAAGCCAAGGAAACUGUCAUUUGGUAACUUUGGCAGUCUGAGGAAGAAAAAGCAGGACGAGAGCGAGGAGUACGUGUGUCCGAUGGAUGUGGAGAUGCCAAAGGGCCGAAGCUUUCAGAAAGGCUUCGAGCUCCAAAUCUACGAGGACGACCUCGACAGGCUGGAACAGAUGGACGACUCUGAGGGAACUGUGAGACAGAUCGGAGCUUUCUCUGAGGGUAUUCAAAACCUGACGAGCAUGCUGAAGGAUGAUGAAUUCUUUAAAGAGGCUUCAAAUUCACCGAACCCCAGUGUAACAGAUGAGGACUCCAAUGCAUGAGACUGCCAGCACCAUGAGACCUGGUCCUGCUGUGAAUGAAACUCUGUGCCAACCCUCUCCACUAGCACACAGACUUAUCUCAAUCCCCCCCUCCCCCCCAAGAAUGCUCCCACAUUUCAUUUGUAUUGUUACAUUCAAAGAUGAGCCUAAAUUAUUACAGUGUCAUUCUUUUUUUCAUUUUUCAACGAUGGUGCCGUGACAGCCUAUAGUCCAGUAGCCACUAUCACUCCUGAAUUUUGUCUUGAUGACUCUUGUCGUCUGAUGACAGCGGGAACAUUUAGGGCAACACCACUGCUUGCCUGCCAGCUGGUUUCUGGAGAUAUUUUGUACUCAGUUGUGUACUGGCAUCUUUCUAUUUAUGAUAGAAGUGUCAACCAGCAGAAACAAAGACAUCUAAAAUAUGCCAAUAAAGAUUUUAAUAUAUGUCUUUUAAAUUGUCUUCUAACUAUAGAAAUAUUGGAGAGGAAAAAAAGAGAUGGACUUCAUUCGGAAAUGAUAUGCUGAGAAGAUUUUUCCCAUUUUUAGAAGUUGGUGUAAAGUAAUAACUCUGAAACAGCUGCUAUGUUUUCUACAGAACUAAACCCUGCUAAUUACAUGGGAAUUGUCAUAUUUUUUAUCCUACGCUGAACAUUUUACAGGUUUUCACUCAACAGUAAUAUUCUACAUGUAUAUGCACCAAUACAUAUCAUACACUACACUACAAAGCCUAAAUAAUAUAAUUUUCGGUAUUGAAAUUCAACACAUUUAUUUCUUAAGCAUGUUGUUUAUUUUUGUUUUACCAUAAAAUGAUUUGUAUUGGAACCCUGCUGGCUGACAGUUAUUUUUGGGAACGCAUAUUCAGAUGGGUGAGAUAAGAUAAUGUUGGGGUUUUUCCAAGAUAAUAAGGUUAUGAUGCAACCCUCAACCACGCAUGAGAGGUUAAACUGUGUUGUUGGGUUGUUGUUUUUUUUUACGUUUAUCCAUUUCAAAGAUCAAUAAAGUAAAUUAAAUCAGAUCGGAUUUUCCUCUAAAGUCUUUAACACGUUUCUGAUUUCACUGCUGAAUGAUGAAAAAAAGCAAACUACACGUGUCCUAAAAACAUGGCUGUUCAAAAAGUGUCUAUAAUUGUGUGUGUACUGGAGAUAUAGGCAAUGAAUUAAAGUCAUAUCAACUACA